GCAAAAGUCUCCGCCGUCGGGGUCUCCGAAAGGCGCCCCUGCACCCCCUUGCCUCUCAGUGCGAGAUCGCGGUCAACGGCGACGCUCGGUUGGCGUCCUCUCCGCCGCCCGCCUCCGUGGCUGGGGAGGGCAAGUUUCUGUGGCCCCAGGAAAUGAGAGAAAGAGAGUGGCUGGCUCCGUCUUUCCGUUCGGAACGCCGGGGGAGCGCGGGUGUAGACCCCAGAAGCGCGGCCCUGAGCGAGGAGGGGGAGGCCGGGAAUCUCCCAGCGGGGAGUUUGGAACUUCAGACUAUCAAAGUGCGCCGACCGGCCGCUUCGUGCCGACUCCCUGCCGGGCUUUCCCAGCGUCUUUCCACCGCCGCCCCCAGGGAAACCCGAUCGCUUAAAAACUCCGGGGUCUUGAUCCUAAAGCCCCUGGACCAGAAUGUGUGCGAGUUGGGUUUUGUCCUCCUGGAGCUCCCCCGCACCCAUGUACCUUCAAAUGUGGCCGGCGGAGGGAGUGCUGUUGGGGGGUGGGGCACAUUCCAGAGUGACAUUCCAGAGCAGACCCUGGGAUCGAAGACUUCCGCGUCUCAGAAUGUUAGGGGCGCUUUGGCCCCAGUGCUCGCUCUUGGUGCUGAGGCUCCGGAAGGCCCCCGCCCCAACCUGGGCGUGGAGGUGGCUCCUCCCGGCACAGGCAUCUCUCCUGCCCCUGCUUACUGGGCGGAGUAAACUUGGGAGCCCCUGGACAGUGGGGGACCCAGCUGGAGCCUGGCCUGGGUGCCAGGAUGGCCACGCGUAAAGCCUUGCUGAUGUGCCUGGGACUGCCUCUCUUCCUGUUCCCGGGGGCCCAGGCCCAAAACCAGGCCCCACCUGGCUGCAGCCCAGACCUCAACCCUCUCUACUACAACCUGUGUGACCGCGCUGGGGCUUGGGGCAUCAUCUUGGAGGCGGUGGCUGGGGCGGGCAUCGUCACCACGUUCGUGCUCACCAUCAUCCUGGUGGCCAGCCUCCCCUUCGUGCAGGACACCAAGAAGCGGAGCCUGCUGGGGACCCAGGUGUUCUUCCUGCUGGGGACCCUGGGCCUCUUCUGCCUGGUGUUUGCCUGCGUGGUGAAGCCCGACUUCUCCACCUGUGCCUCCCGGCGCUUCCUGUUCGGGGUCCUGUUCGCCAUCUGCUUCUCCUGCCUGGCGGCCCACGUCUUUGCCCUCAACUUCCUGGCCCGGAAGAACCACGGGCCGCGGGGCUGGGUGGUCUUCACCAUGGCUCUGCUGCUGACCCUCGUGGAGGUCAUCAUCAACACGGAGUGGCUGAUCCUCACGCUGGUCCGGGGAGGCGGCGAGGGCAGCCCUCCGGGCAACAGCAGCGCCGGGUGGACGGCGGCGGCCUCGCCCUGCGCCAUCGCCAACAUGGACUUCGUCACAGCGCUCAUCUACGUCAUGCUGCUGCUGCUGGGCGCCUUCUUGGGGGCUUGGCCCGCCCUGUGCGGCCGCUUCAAGCGCUGGCGCAAGCACGGCGUCUUCGUGCUGCUCGCCACGGCCACCUCCAUCGCCAUCUGGGUGGUGUGGAUCGUCAUGUACACCUACGGCAACAGGCAGCGCGACAGCCCCACCUGGGACGACCCCACGCUGGCCAUCGCCCUGGCCGCCAACGCCUGGGCCUUUGUCCUCUUCUACGUCAUCCCCGAGGUCUCCCAGGUGACCAAGGCCGGCCCAGAGCAGAGCUACCAGGGGGACAUGUACCCCACCCGGGGCGUGGGCUACGAGACCAUCCUGAAAGAGCAGAAGGGGCAGAGCAUGUUCGUGGAGAACAAGGCCUUCUCCAUGGACGAGCCGGCCGCAGCUAAGAGGCCUGUGUCGCCAUACAGUGGCUACAAUGGGCAGCUGCUGACCAGUGUGUACCAGCCCACCGAGAUGGCCCUGAUGCACAAAGUCCCGUCCGAAGGAGCUUACGACAUCAUCCUCCCACGGGCCACAGCCAACAGCCAGGUGAUGGGCAGUGCCAACUCGACUCUGCGGGCUGAAGACAUGUACUCGGCCCAGAGCCACCAGGCGGCCACACCGUCGAAAGACAGCAAGAACUCUCAGGCUCAGUCCCCGCAAAGUAAAACGAGAUGGUAGAAGCCCUCUUCCCUGGACUGCACGUCGCCCUGAUGUCCUCAGUACUCUGUACCCAGGCUGGGCAGGGCCCAGCACCUCUCCCGUUCUUGUCACUGGAGCUGGGAGGGACCGGAGGCCACCGGCCGAAGCAGUGGACUGAGUGGGGGCCCUGUGAAGCCCUGAGUGUAUGGCUGGGGCCUUAGGGCCACCCCCUUCCUGCCCAGCCCAACCUACUGGUCCCCAAGUGGCUCUGGCUGCAAAGAGUGGUCUGCAGACCCUAGCCUCCCUCCAUCCCCCCCAGAAUCCCCCUGCCACCAGAUCACAGCCCCUGUGUCCCCAUGCCCAGCUCUUCCAGGUGGCCAUCAUUUCUCCUCUGAAUGACAGGCCCCAGAUGCCCCAUCUUGAUGCUGUGGACCUUCCUGGCCUGGCCAUUUUUGGUGUCUGGCAUCAGCUUGUGCCACCCUGCACCCAGGUGGAUCUCCUCCCCCGUGAGUCUUGGGAGCCAAGUCAUGGCAGAAAUUGGCCCUUGCCCUUCUCUUCAAGGCCUCUUGCCACCACCCGGGCUUUGGAAGGCCGUUGAGACAGCGGCAGGGCCCCGCCUGAGGCCUGGACACACACUGCUUCUCUUUGCGGCCUCUGGGUCCUGGAUCUGAGCCCCCGGGGUGCUUUGCUGGUGAGGCCCUUCCGCCAUCACCCCGAGGCCUUCCUGCCUGCCCACCAGCCAUCCGCUGACCACUGGGGUUUCCGGCCCUGCCUGAUCUCUGCUCCCAGCCGCCCUCGCCGUCUGGGACCAAGACGCCCGCGCUGUUCCCAGCCGGGGAAGCAGUCUUCCUCCAGCACUACCUCACGGACAACCACGAAGGCACUGGGGUCGGUGACGGGCACGGUGGCUCUGCACUGUUUAAGUGCCCGCAGACGUCCUCCCUGGCCCUUCUGCCUUGUCUGCUUCUGGUUUCCCAGCCGGUGCAGAAGGUGGCUCCUGGGGCCGGGGCAGGUGUCAGCGCUGAAGUUCCUGGAUCGCACAGGCUCUGGGCGAGCAGCAGGGCCUUGCCGUGGCCACCAGAUGUCUCUGGCCAGGGUCUGGGGGGGUCCCUUGGGAGACAUGGAUGGGGUCUAGGCUGCAUGUUCGGCACCAGCCGGGCUUCCUGCAGCGGACGGACUGGGGUCUAGGCCUCUCCCAUGACUGAGACUCGGGGGCUGUGGGAGGCCCCUCAGGCAGGGGGACCCCGGACUAAAGAUUGUGCUGUGUCCCGAUGGGCAGACGUGCACGUUCCUACCUCACCAUGAGCAGCAGAUAUUUUGGGGACGCCUGGACGUGCUGCUGCUGCUUUCACCACUGGAGGAGCCUCUUGUGUCCUCGGCCUUAGGACCUGCUCCAGAGGGUCCUGAUGGUCACCCAGGGAAGGGAGGUUGGGGGCUUCUUGGGACCUGCAUGGUGCUGGCACCAGGGACAGAUGGGCACAGCUCCGGGCUUGCGGGAAGGUGAUCUCUGCAGCAUCCUCUUGGCUGGGUGGGCCCCGCCCUUGGGUAGCAGAGAGAGUGACUUACCCAAGGGGGCCCCUGUGUGCCCCUAGAGCUCAGUCCUCAGCCCGGCAUCACCUCUGGGUUCCAAGGUGGAGGCUGAGGACAAGCAGUUCUGCAGUGCCACCCUCGUGGCCCCCACAGCCUGCCUUUGUCACAGGAGUGUUUUUCCAAAGCUAAGUUGGGUGAGCAGUCCCCGCAGAGUAGGACUAUGCUCCCAAGUGUCACGCCCCCCACCCUCUGUUGCGCCGGUUGCUCAAUUCCAUGAAUUGUUUCCCUAUCGUGGAAGGGAAGGGGAGCUCUGCGCAUCUCACUGCUCUCCUCUACUCACCGGCCCAAGUCCCUUACGGUGAGUAGGUCACCAUCCCGCUUCUCUGGGUGAUAGUUUCACAGAGUCCCUGGCAGCCCAGGCAGCCAGAGGGUGCAGCGAACGUGGGUUUGAACCCAAGUCCUCCUGGGGUCUGCAGGGAGGCUCAGGAGGGAUGGGCUUCCAGAAGCUGCAGGUCUGCCUGGAUUCAGGACUACCAGGUGGUGUUCCCUGCUCACUCUGGCCGAGGCCGAGCGCAGGAGAUAGCUGUGGUUUUAGGAGUGAGAGAGGCGCUUUCUCUGCCAUGGUGGAGCUGCACUGCAGCCUUGCACUCGGGAGAACUAGAAGGAGCAGGGACCUGUUGCAGGAUCUUCAUCAUCAUCCGGCCAACACCGCCCGCCACUGUCAAACCACGUAGCUCGAAGCACAGUUUGGACUUCACAACCGCUCCAAAUUAAAUGACCUUACCCUCCGUUUGCGAGGGAUCACUGCCACUGAA